AUGGAGACUGUUUUAAAUCUUGUAUCAAGGGGUGCUCUUAGAACCCAAAACCCUGAGCAUUGCUCAAGACCAGCAAUGAUGGAAAACCUCGGCGAUAAUGCGCUACCAAACCAAGAAGCUAGAAACAGCGACAAUAGAGCAGCCGAUGAAAAGGAGAAUAAAUCGAAAGAGAUGCUUACUCACGAUAAUAAUAGAUGGACUGCUGAAGAGGAUAAGAUAUUGAAGGAGUUAUGCGAACAAGUAGAGGAAAUUAAAUGGAGUAAAGUAAGAAAAACUUUUUGUGAACGAACACGAGGUGAUAGGUCAGUUGAUGCUCUAAAAACCCGAUGGCGGAUACUGAAACCCAUAGAGGGCCAAAAAAGGGAACGGAAUACGGCUGGGAAUGAGUGGACAGCAGAAGAAGAUAAUACGUUGAGACGACUGUGUACAGGAUUUAGCGGGAAAAUACCGUGGAAAAUUGCUGUGAAGAAUCAAUUUGAAGAAGUAACGGGAAAAACAAGAACUGUACAAGCACUUCGAGCUCGGUGGGGGCAAAUGAAAGACAAACUUCUGAAGGAAACCAGGACAACCGAAGAACCAACGAACAUAUCGCCAAAUAAUGAAGAAAUAAAAAACCAUUUACAAGAAAUCCUGAAGGAGAUAGAGCGAGCACAAACAGGUCUACCGAACAGCCACCUAGACUCGUGUAAUAGCCAACAGUGUGAGGAGCAAACAGGAACUAGAGACUUAGCAGUGCCAGAGAGAAUGAAAGCGCAUUUCGAAUCAGUAAUGAGACAUAGCACUUACCAUAUAGACAGGCGACCAUUGAAAAGACCUAGACAGGAGGUUAGCGAAGAAAUGAAACAAAUUGGAAGUUAUCUUAUCAAGAAAGCAAUGGAGGAGAAACCGGAAAACCGAAAUGAAUUGCGUUACUUAGAUAGUGCGGUAUAUGCGGCAGCUAGCGCCAUAGUUAGCGAAAUCCAGCAACAGAAGAGAGACAGUAUUACAACGAUGAGAGGGGAAGAAUGGUAUAAAGAAGAAUGCUGCGAUUUAAAAAGAAUCAGAAUUAUUCGAGAAUAUUUAACAAGUGAAAUAGAAAGGCGGCGAAGUAGAAGAUGGUCAGAAAAAGAUGAUUUUCUAAAGAUGCGGAAAAUACGGGAAUAUAUUGGACGACGGUGUAGGACUAAAGCAUUAAUAAAAACUGAAUCGAGACUAGAAAUGCAACAACAAUUGCUGGAAAAGAGGAUUAACCUCUGA